GAAAACGGAAAAAAGGAAAAGGAAAAAAAAGGGAAAAAGAGAGAGAGAGAGGAGAGACGAGAGAGGAGAAGCGACGACAAUCAAAAUCAAGUCGAAUUGGGAGGAGGCGCGAUGAAACGCAAGCGGGAUGAGGAGGAGAGGUUGUGCAGCAUGGGAGAUGGGAUCCCAAUUGAUCUAAAGAAAGCGACAGUGACGAGAUUGCCUGCGAGAAAACUCCUGGAAUCUAAGGAGGACACAAGGGCAAGUAAGUUAGAUUCGCUGCAUUAUGAUCUUAAGAUGGCUGUAAUGAGUAGAGUGCCUGCCAAGUCGCUUAUGAGGAAGGUCCGAUGCGUAUCGAAGAUGUGGUGUUCCUUCAUCCGAAGCCAAGAGUUGGUGGAUUCCUUCUUCGCUGUCUCCUCAACACAAGCACCACGGUUUAUAGUCUCUUUUAGCAACAACGCAUUCGGCAAGCCUGAAGAGAAGCUUACCUUCGUCUUCUCGUAUCCAGAGGGGUCUUCUUCUUCUUCUUCUACUUCUUUGGUACCCAGGUUCGAGAUGGCAUUACCAGUGGGAUUGCGAGCCAGCCAAGGGUAUUGCGCUUCUCUCCAUGGGUUUCUCAGUUUUUACAUUGAUCAUGGUUUGAUGGUUUGUAACCCUAGCACGGAGCAAGUCUUUAAUUUGCCCAAGACCACCCAAUUCGUGGGGUACGAUCCCAUUGGUGGCCAACACAAAGCAUUAUCUGUGCAUUUGAGACAUCCUUCUUCUGCUCGUCCUCAUCUACUUCACAAGGUGUUAACACUUGGAGUACGAGGAGGUUGUUGGAGAGACAUUGAAGGUACCCCUGUUCCUUAUAUACCUGUAUCAGUGGGAGUAUGUAUCAAUGGUGUUAUCUACUAUGGCGGUUAUAAGUACAACUCCACUACUGAUUUAGAGAAUAAGAGUCCGGCUGUGAUGUGUUUUGAUGUUCGAUCUGAGAAACUAAGUUUUAUCCAAGCACCUAGUGCUGUCGUGUUAUGUGGAAAGGAUGCCAUAUUUAUAGAAUACAAUGGGAAGCUAGCUUCUAUUUUUGUGCAUCCACCUGAUGCUCAUCGCUCCAUUCCCUUUGAUUUAUGGAUACUAGAAGACGCCCAUACACAUGAAUGGUCUAACCAAACAUGUUUGUUUCCCUCCUCUGCCUGGGAGUCUGUUUCUUGCCGCAGAAUGUCUUUCCAAGGCACCAAUCAAGCCGGUGAGAUCAUUAUUGUCACAAGCGUGGUUAAUACACUCAAGGUCCAACCCUUCUACAUAUUCUACUACAAUGUCAGUACAAACAGUGUCAGAAGAGUUAGGCUCCUUGGAAUUGGUGACAAUGAAGAGUUUCAACGCUCUUAUGGAUUCCGAAACGGGUAUGAAUGUUAUGUCCGUGUCGCACCUCACCACGUCGACACUAUUGCCUUUCUUAAGAAUCAUCAUCAUCAUGUAUAAAUCCUACCGUUCGGAAGAAAAGCUUUUAGGAAUAUUUUUGAUCCAAUCUUUGAUAUUUGAUUAACUUAAAAACGUGAGUCUUCUUGAG